AUGAAGCAGCAGCAGUAUCGUCAGAGUCAGGUCUUGCGCGAGAACGUACCAGUAGUAGACUUGGAAAAGGAACCACGCACAAGUCGAUCUUGGCAGUGGGUAUGCUCGGCACUCGUUAGUCGAGACAAAGGAGAAUGCUGUGUGAACGUGGUGGAGAGUGUGUUCGUGGACAAACAGCAAAUUUGGUCUUGGUACUUCACAGAUGGGGGUGUCGUACGCCGCAAGCCUCGCAGUAGACACACAGCAGACCAAGUGCAUCGUGCAUUCGUACAGUUCGCUGACGAGUUUGGUCGUCCAGAUUCUGCUGUGGAUCCGACAACCCGACCAGUCGCUGUGUGUUGGUUCGACAAGAAGGACAAUCCCAGUGUCGUACCAUUCCUAUGUGCGCCAGAUCUUUUAUCAUUUUUGCAAUCUGUGUCGUCAAGCAGUUCCUGCAGCGCCGCGAUCAGCACUUUUAUUCGUCCGCGCGGUGAAUUGGAUCCUGUUUGCUACGCUAAUCUCGAGCACGAGUUCACUCUUCAGAAAAGUGGUCGCGUGCAAGGCAAAGUGUUUUGGUUAGCAUUAGGUGGUCAGCGGAUUGCGAGCAAGGAUAUCAAGUUGAAUACUGUCGUCAAUGAAUUGGUUCAGCAUUUUGUAAAUUUUAUCGAGAAAAACAAGAAGUGUCGUGUAGUACGCUGCGUCUCGCUCUUUAUCAUGGAAGACAGCGGCAAAAUUCAAUUGUGGCGAACAUCCUCAUGCGAGACCAUCUCCGCUGCAGUAACGCUGCCUUCAGCUCCGACGUUUCCAGACGCGCUAACAUCCACAUUCUCAAGCUCGUACGAGGGUCCACGCGCCAUGAACGAAAGAUUAAUAGCUCGUGCCAGAGCUGAAGGUUCACGAGCACCCGAUGAAAGGGUAGUUGACGCUAUUAUGGCUGCUCCAAAGUCAUAUUCCAGACUUUCGACUCGACUUUUACCAUCUUCGAAUGCCUCGAAUCGUUUGGAUCCGCUCGGGGAUCUGGAGGGUAGACGGCGUGCAAAGCUCAAGUCGAAUGACUGGGAUGAAGCUUUGUCGAUGCUUCCGUCGACAUUUUCUCUAUCUCGAGGACGGCGACGCACCAAGUCAGCAGCGCACCUUAUGUCGAGUCAGAAACGUGGUUGCUGUGGAGAUUUCUGUAGUUUGUCUAUUGCCGAGUUGACUGCCCGGAGAAUGGAUCGUAAGAAGGAGUCGACAUUAAGUGAGCAAGCAGGUCAUGCUAGAAAAGGCCGACGACGGACAAGUCUUGAAAAAGUCGCAGCUACUGCAAGCGCCUUCAUGGAAGUCCGUCGCACGGAUGACUUGUUGAGUCGGUUAGACGAGCAGCGUAAGCCGUCAUCACCUCAAAGACUGCAGCGUGUGGAGACACAGCAGCCAGCGCCAUUGACACAUACCAUUCCGUUCAAACUAGUAGCACAGACUCGAGCCGAAAAGCAGCUGGUGGAUCUGUUCAUUCGGCGAUAUCAGAAUGGAGAAGACGGUGACUACCUCGCCGAAGCUUAUUACGGAGAUGGCGAACCUCUCGGAGUCACCUUUCCAGGUUACUAUUACCGAGACGUGCAGGUGUGUGCCAACUGCUACGAGUUUUACACGCUGGUGGAAAAAGUCCGCAUGAAAGCUCUGGAUCAAAUCGCGCGGCGUGAGAAAUCGAGUCCAAAUCGCCGGAGUCCAGGCAAGCAGAGCGGCAAGCGGAUGCAGCAGCUCAUGAUUGUUGAAAGUCGAGAGGAGGAAAGUGAUGAAGACGACAAUAAUGACGAAAGCUUGGAUGACUUGCAGCAUGUAUGGACGCACGUAUGGGCACAAACUGCCAGUGUGGCUGCCUCCAUCACCAAAAAGGAUGCCGCGGAGUUGUAUAGCUUUGUAAACCCCCAUCCUGCUGUCGCAAUGGUUAUGAGCGCACUGGGAGCUUUACUUCUGGGAUCACGAGGUGGAGACUGGGGAGAAGUCAAACGAGUUAUUUCUCAGGAUAAACUACUAGCUCGAUUGCAUCGUAUAGACUUGGAAUCGCUCUCUGAACAUGCUGUAAUGCAGGCUGCCGCACAUGCUCGUAACUCACUCUUCACACCGGCACAGAUCGCGCCAAUUAGUUCAACUGCUGCGCGAUUCUGCGAUUGGAUUCGGACUGUACUGCAAGCUUAUGCGUGGAAUCAGAAGCUGCAAAUGCAAGACCCGGAGACACGUCGCAUGCUUUGUUUCCUUAAGCCAGAGAUUUUACCACCCGGUGUCGCCAUUUCGCAACUAAAAGGAGCUCAACGUGGAAAAGUGGCAGCAAAGAAGGCUAAAGCAAGCGACACGAGCAACGAUGGUCCACUAUCCAAAUUACGAAGCCGAAUUCACCAGAAAAAAGCAGCUCGACGCGCCAUUCAAGCACAUCAAAUGGCACGUUUAGCAGCACCGUCAGGGCUUCAAGAUGGCGUGGUGGGAAGCACAGCAGACAACGUAUUCACCUGUCAGGAUGGCGUCACACAGAUACCAUACGCUGUAAUUGGACAGCCCAUUGGCGAGACCGUGAAAUGCAACCUCGUCGUCUUUCACGACCUCUUCGACACGCUUGAGAACACUCGAGUGUUCUUCCGGCCCAUUGUUGCUCGAAACGUGGGUGCUCAAGCACUGCUAUUCAAUUUCCCUGGACAGGCUGGUUCUUCGUAUGCUGUCGACGAUCAAGCCCGCGAAGAAGACAAGCUCGUGCUGAACAAUAUGUGGCUUGCUCGUCGAGUCCACGAGCUACUCAAUUUCUUGCAGCACACGACUCAGUUUGUGACCACUGGAGCUCCUUUCCACAUCAUUGGAUUUGGCAACGGAGCCAACGUCGCUGCCUGCUACACUGUGCUUUACGGUAAGAAUUACAAUGAAUACUUGCAGUCGCUCGCACUCUUCAACGGAUUCGCGAACGUGGAUGCACAGCUCGCUGCGGUACUUCAUAGUGCAGUGAAUGUUUUUGCCUGCCUGCCACCGACACGUCCAGAUUUGCCAGUAUCUUUCUUCAGCAAAUUCCUCUUUUCCGACGCGUACUUGAAAAAAGUCGACAUGAACUUAGCGCUCAGUAUCUACACAGCUGUGACCAACGCCAUUACGCUUGACGGUCGCAUUCGAUUAUGUCGUGGAGCUCUUCGUCACAUGGACCUCAGCUCACAACUUGAAGAGAUUAACGUGCCACUUGUACUGGUUCAGUCGGUAGAGAACACACUUGUAGCCCCUACAAACGUUGAUCCAUUCCUUCAAGGCCGUGCCAACGUCCAGCAUGUAUGGUCUCACCAACAAUCGCACACCAGUGAUCUACGUCCCAAGACUCGUGCUCAGUUGAGGAAGGCCCUAGCAACUCCAAAUAGCGCCUUUGUAUCGUGGCUCCGAGCUGGACAUGAGCUCCGUCAGGAAGCGAAAAGCUACGUCACGGAGGUGAUUGACAUACUUAUGAACAGUCAACUGGAGCUGUCGGAGAAAGAGCGGAUAGCUGCGCAGGAAUUCGAAGAACAACAAACAACAAAAGAGCAUGAGCAGCAGAAGUCAGUGACGAGAAAUGAGUCAGCGGUUCAACAACCUAGCGUAAGUCUCCCCGUUCAAACUGCUUCAUCAACAUCAGAGCCACCAAUUCAACCUGUCGUUGCCCCACCGGUAGAUACAUUUUCCCAGCAAGCCAGCAAGUCUCCAUACGAGCUUCAACUGGAAAUGUCCGAGCGUGCUUUCCAGGAAGCCUUACGCACACAUGAAGCACAGAAGACUGCGUACGAGAAGAAAAAGUGGCAACAACAAGAGGUUAAGACUACAUCGGCGCCGAUUUUGACAGAAGAAGCUGCAGAAAUCUCGAUAUCCCAAUCGUUUGUGCCCAUGGACAUGCUGCUGCCUCCUGCCGUCCCUCCUGUAGUGCUACAUCCGCAGCAAGAAUCACACGAUAGCGAAGAUGAAACGCUACCACACUCCCAACACUAUGAGAAGAGCAAUGGCACUCAGUUGGACGACGACAUGGAAAGAGUUCGAGCCAAAAUUCGUGCCGAAGAAGAACGCUUGGAGAAAGAAGCAGAAGAACAACGUCAAAAACACCGCGCUGCAACCGAGGAACGUAUGGCUGCCCUACGAGAGGAGCAAGAGCGGAGACGACGUGAAUGGGAACAGGAGGAUCGCGAGCGACUGGCAGCUCUUGAAACACAAUUGCAGGCUCAGCAAGCUGAGCGGUUGGCCACAUCCAAACAACGGGAUCUGGAACAACUCGCACAGGAUGAGGCUGUCUUAGCCGCAAGCAGCGCACUCUUAGACACAUCAACGCCUGCUUCGUUGUUGGCACUAGAGCUGGCUGUUGAAAUACCGACUUCUUCAGCUCAAUCUCCGAGUGCGCUGUUGGCUCCGUCUGUGGAGGAAACGCAGCAAAACGUUCGAGCGCAGCCCGAACUCCCGAGCAUAUUCGACCAGCUGGAGGCAGAAGAGCAAGCUCGAAAACGACGAGAGCAAAAACGACGAGCCCUUGGACCUGGCAUUGAGACAGGAAGUCAUCUCACGGGUGAGCAGUACGAUGAGGUGCGUUCUUCACUACAGCAAAACUUCCGCGAAGAUACGCGAGCAAACGAGUCCAACAUGAAGCGUGAGUUGAGACGAAGACGCGACGCUCAAGCUACGCGAGUGCAGAAGUACAUCCGUCGGUUCUUGGCCACUCGUAGAGUUGAUCGAAUUCGCCGUGAAUUGCAGCAGGAGCGUGUCAAACGGUUCGCUGGUGGAGAAAUCGUCCGAAUUGUUCGAGGCCGAAUGGGUCGUCGACGCUUUCGUCGGGUGUUCGAGGAGACAGAGGAGACUGCAAGACAAUUGCACGCUGCCACGCUCAUUGAGACAAUCUUCCGGGGUUUUGCUUGCCGUGUAGCGUACCGUAUAAAGCGCCGAGAAAACAAAGCGCGAAUACUGCAGCGAGUCUAUCGUGGUCACCGUGGCCGUAGACGUGCUCGAAGACUGUGUGAGGAACAAGAACGACGCCGAUUUCACGACCGAAACGCUGCCAAACUGCAAGCAACGUGGCGCAUGUACGUCGCUCGUGGCCAAUUCCUUACCGCUCGGUUCUCCGAGCUUGCCGCACUGGAGAUUCAGAGACUGUAUCGUGGUUUCUUGGGACGUCGAGAAGCUGCACGCAAGAAGCAGUGGCGUGAUGCACCGCCUGGAGCUGAACGACUGGCACUUGGACUACAGUUGAUUGAAGGCUCGAAGCAGGCAUUCGAACGACAGCAGAGCGAACUAGACGCUCUACAUCGUGCACAGGAGGCAGCCGAGCGUCAAGUCAGUACCGUCCACAAUGAGUUACGUGAAGCUGAGAAAGAGCUGGCUGUGCUGGAACGCGAGCUGCAAGAAAUUGACCAGCUCGAUGCCGACGUACGCGAACUAACACACGAAGCCGAGCGCCUGCAUGCUGGAGGUGUAGAGGGUUUGCUGCGGAAUCACCGUUCAUCGUCGGCGCACCAACCUCUUGGAAAUGGCAUACUCGAAGCUUCCUCUUCACUGGACAACAAUGGUAGCGCACCGUACGAACUAGGAGCUGAAAACGCGCUGGAGUCCAAGGUGGCGCUCAAGAAGCGUCAAGCUGACGCAUAUGCUGUCGAGAUGGCGCUUACUAUUAAACGUAGCGAGCGUGAGAAGAAGAAGCGGGAUCUGGAGGCUGAAUUUGCAGGUGCGUUUGCUGAGGUACAACGCAAACGUGACACACUCGCAGCACUGGAAGAGCGUCUCGCUGACAUGGAGCAGACUCGUAUGCGAAAAGACCGCGAGUUUGCGCGUCUGCAACGUCAUCUGAUGGAGCUACUGGAAGAGCAGAAGCUCGAGCUUGAAAACUUGAGAGAAAAAGGCAUCGAACUCGAGACAGCGACAGCCACGUCGGCAGCUGCCGCAGCAGCUACAGCAGCUAAGGCACGUGAGCAUGAGGCGCGGUCCCAGGCCAUGUUCGAGUCCACAGAGGAGCUUAUGAAGUUCCAGUUCAUGUCCAUGUCCUUGUCAUACUUCAGUUCGCUCAAUAUGCUCAAGAACUUGCGAGAUAUCAACGCCGACACCACCGCAGCGGCCAUCACGUCCACAGCUGAGACUGCCGCCACAGCUGCAUGUGCUGCUGCUGCAGCUAAUAUCACACCAGUCACGGCAGCUAUCGCCAAGAAGAAGAUAGGAGGAGAUGCCAUCAGCAAUUUGCUCACGACGGUCUCGCAGCGUAAACAACAGGAACUCGCACAGCAAGAGCGCGAAGAAGAGGAAGCCCUGGCUCCAGGAAAGCAGCAACCACUGCCCGAGGAACUGCGCGCAUGGACUGUGGACGACGUGGGUCGAUGGCUUGACACUUUGUCGUUACCGCAGUACAAGGCUGCAUUCCGUGAAGGCGCGGUGGACGGCGAAUUCCUUAUCGAACUCCGAGCCGAGGACAUGGCUGAAAUCCUGGGCGUAACACACAAACUUCACGUGCGUAAGCUGUUAGCUGCUCGCAGUAAGUUACUGCCAUUGACAGCUGCGGAACGAGCUCAACUGGAUGCUGUGAACCACGAGGCGAAUGCAGCACGUACUCGAGGACAGGAACCUGCUGGAGACGAGAGUUCAUUGGAUGUAGACACCGUGUUCUCGCAGGCGCGCAAUGGGCGGAUGAAGCGGCUUGUGGAGAGUCUGGAUGCUGGAUUCCCUAUUGACAGCGAAGACGAUAAAGGUAACACGUUGCUGCUGCUUGCCUGUCAGAAUGUAAACCAGAAAAUGGUGGAACUCUUGGUAGCUCGUCGAGCCAAUGUCAAUCACCGCAAUGCGCAGGGCAACACACCACUGCAUUUCGCUAUGGCGUACGACAGUGAAGGCGUCCUGGGCGAGUACCUGAUCUCUCACGGCGCAGACGACACCAUCGAAAACAACAGCGGCCUCACUCCCUACGAUGGGCUCACGGCUGAGUAA